AUGAAUUCAAGCCACAAGCUCUUGAAUCAGUUGACUGUGGGAUUUGAUUCGAAGAAAAUCAAGGUUAGAGUGACGCGCAUGUGGGAUGCCAUUAACACAAAUACUGGUGAUGUGUUUGCUCUUGAAAUGGUACUACUCGAUGAAAAUGAAUUGGUUUACACUUCCAAAGUGACAAUUCUGAAAGUUGAUUUCAAUAGUCAACUGCACUACAAAGCAUGUCCAAAAUUUCAGAGAAAAGUGACAUUAGAAGGAUCUAAUUUUGUGUGCAAUGCUUGCAAUCAAAAUGUGGAGUAUCCUAAAUUGAGGUAUAUGUUAAAAGUCUUGGUAAGUGAUGCAACCGGUAGUGCUUGGUUUGUUAUAUUUGAUCAAGAGGCUGAAAGAAUAAUAGAACACAAACUUUCUUUUGUUCUUGAAGAAUUUAACAAGAUUGGUGGAACCAACAACCAAUACCAACCUGAAGUAUUUUCUUCCCAGAUCCCAAUUAGUACACCAGAUGAUUCUAAUCAACAGCAUUUCAAUACACUUCAUAUGAAUAAUUCAUCAGAGGGUUCAACAAAAAUCACAGAAGAAGGGAAUCCUCAUAAAAAGAUUUGCAUGAGAAGUGAUAAUGAAAAAUCAAUAAAUGCUGAUUUGCACGAACAAAUCGAGGAGAAUGUUCAAACAGAAGAAAAAUCAAAACAAGUUCCUGAAAAAUAG